AAAUUGGCGCACCUAUAUUUCUUUCUCUCUCAUCGACGAGAGAGAAAAGUCUCGCUUGAAACAGAGAUCCCUAUUCCGAUACUGAAUUCGCAGGUUUCGCCGCGGAAAGCACCGAUUUUUCUUCAAUUCGCCUCCUUUGGAUUGAGUUCCCGUCCAAUUGAGCUGCGAAUUCAUCUAUUUCGACUGCCGGCGGAGAGAAUUUUUGCGACGGCGGAGUUUGCAAUUCGCAAUUAGGGUUUUGAAUUGAGUGGUUUGGGGGUUUUCGAGGAGGAUGAUAGUGAAGAAGAGCUUGAAAACGGUAAUGCCGAUUAUGAAACGGUGCCGAGCCGGCGACUCGGCCGGUGAUGACGAAGACUCAUCGCUCAAUCGGAAGAAACGGAAAGUUUCCAAUGUUUUUUUUCCUCUGCAUAUUCUUGGGGAAGCUGCCGCCGGUAUAAUCCAAUUCAAUGGCUAUGGAAUUCAAAGCAUUAUCGCUGAGUCCGCCGCGGAGGGCGGCGGCGACGGCGGCGAGGCUUCGGAGCCGAAGCCGUCAAAAUCGAAGGAGGCGUCGCGGCCGCCGCUGGUGAGGACUUCGAGAGGGAGGGUCCAGGUAUUGCCUUCGCGAUUCAAUGAUUCAGUUCUUGAUAAUUGGAAGAAAGAGAGUAAGAAUGCUGUUAGAGAUUCUGCUUUGGAUACGGAAUAUGUUCCAGUUGUUAAACAGAAGGACAGUAAAUCGAGCUUGAAACCUCUUAGGAUUCACGACAAUGUGAGCGUUUCUAGAAAGCAGAAAGAGGAGAAGAAUAAAGCAUACAAAUGCAGCAAGUUUUCGCCUUUGUCUGUUGAUGAGAUUGCAGAAUUGAGGAAUGGAAGCUUGAGAAGUAGUAAGAAGAAUGGUUCUUUGAUGGCAUUGCAUCAGCAAUCCGAAGAUGAUUAUGAUUAUGAUGAUGAUUAUGAGGAUGAUGAAGUUGAUGAUGAUGACGACUACGAUGAGUGUAUAGAAAUAUCUGGUAUUGAUAAAUUGUAUAGCACCAAAGAUUUUGGUGAAGGUGAUAUAGUGUGGGCGAUACCUGGGAAGCAUUGUCCUGCUUGGCCAGCAAUUGUGCUCAAUCAAGAGUUGCAGGUGCCAACGCAAGUGUUCAACUAUCGGAUUAGUGGUGCAAUUUGUGUAAUGUUCUUUGGUUAUUCUGGCAAUGGAACACAAAGGGACUAUGCAUGGAUCAAAAGCGGGAGGAUAUUUCCAUUUAUUGACUAUGUGGACAGGUUUCAGGGGCAGACUGAACUCAAUGAUAGCAAGCCCGCUGAUCUUCGUUCUGCAAUAGAGGAGGCUUUUCUAGCUGAAAAUGGCUUCAACGAGAUGUUGAUGGUUGAAAUCAGUGCCGCAGCUGGCAAGUCACAUUAUCUUCACUCUCUUAGAAGACGGGUGUUUGAGGCUACUGGUUUAAAUCAGGAUCAACAGUGCAGCUCUGCAGAACCGCAGGAUGCUCACAUAAAGAAAGAAUCACAAUCUUGUGAAGCAUGUGGAGUGAGCAUUCCUCCUUACUUGUCAAAGAAAAUAGUUCCUGGUACCAAUCGUCUGUGUACUUCUUGUACCAGGUUGAAAAAAAUGAAACACUAUUGUGGCAUAUGCAAAAAGAUCCGGAACCAAUCAGAUAAUGGAACUUGGGUGCGUUGUAAUGGUUGUAAAGUCUGGGUCCAUGCAGAGUGCGACAAAUUUUCGAAAAGAAAUUUCAAGGAUCUGGGGACAAAUGAUUAUUACUGCCCUGAAUGCAAAGCCCGGUUCAAUUUUGAGCUAUCUGAUUCAGAAACUUUGCAGUCUAAAAACAAGAAAAAGAAUGGUAAAGUUGCAUUGCCUGACAAAGUUGCUGUCGUUUGCUGUGGUUUUGAAGGAAUCUACUUUCCAAGUCUUCAUUUAGUUGUUUGCAAGUGUGGGGCUUGUGGAAUGGAGAAGCAGGCACUUAGUGAAUGGGAACGACACACGGGUUCGAAAACGAAGAACUGGAAAUCAAGUGUCAGGGUGAAGGGCUCCUUGCUACCUCUUGAGCAAUGGAUGUUACAGAUGGCCGAGUUUCAUGAACGUAGCCUUGUUCCUGCUAAAUCUGUCAAGCGGCCUUCUAUCAAAGUGCGGAAGCAGAAGUUGGUUAAUUUUCUACAAGAGCACUAUGAACCAGUUUGUGCGAAGUGGACAACAGAAAGGUGUGCUGUAUGUCGGUGGGUUGAAGAUUGGGACUUCAACAAAAUUAUUAUCUGCAUUAGAUGUCAAAUUGCCGUUCAUCAAGAAUGCUAUGGAGCAAGAAAUGUUACUGACUUUACUUCAUGGGUCUGUAGAGCAUGUGAAACUCCUGAUAUUGAGAGGGAGUGUUGCCUCUGUCCUGUGAAAGGGGGUGCUCUGAAGCCUACAGAUAUUGCUCCUUUGUGGGUUCACGUCACUUGUGCUUGGUUUCAACCUGAAGUUUCUUUUGCAAGUGACGAAAAGAUGGAGCCUGCCCUUGGAAUAUUGAGAAUUCCUUCAAGCUCUUUUGUGAAGAUCUGCGUGGUUUGCAAACAAAUCCAUGGUUCCUGUACACAAUGUAGCAAGUGCUCCACCUAUUACCAUGCAAUGUGCGCGUCAAGGGCAGGGUAUCGCAUGGAGUUGCAUUGCCUGGAGAAGAAUGGAAAACAACUUAAGAAGAUGGUUUCAUACUGUGCCUAUCACAGGGCUCCCAAUCCUGAUACAGUUUUGAUUGUAGAAACCCCCAAGGGGACUUUCUCUACUAAAAGCUUGCUUCAAAAUAAAAGACACAUGGGAGCAAGGUUAAUAUCAACUAACAGGUUGAAACUCGAGGAACCUUCUCCAGAGGAUGCUGAGGAGGUUGAUCCGUUUUCUGCUGCCAGAUGUCGCAUCUACAAAAGAACAAAAAAGACAAGAAAGGAAGCCGUUGCACACCAAAUUAUGGGGCCUCGUCAUCAUCCUAUGAGUGCAAUAUUGAGUUUAAAUGCAAAUAGGAAAAUAGAGAAGCCUAGGGACUUCUCCACUUUCAAAGAACGGCUUCAUCAUUUACAGAAAACGGAAAAGGAUAAAGUGUGCUUUGGCCGAUCUGAAAUACAUGGAUGGGGUCUGUUUGCACGUAGGAACAUCCCAGAAGGAGAAAUGGUUGUUGAAUAUCGUGGCGAGCAGGUCAGACGCAGCGUUGCAGAUCUUAGAGAGGCUCGAUAUCGAGCACAGGGAAAAGACUGCUAUUUAUUCAAAAUAAGUGAAGAAGUUGUGGUAGAUGCCACAGAUGCAGGAAAUAUCGCUCGGUUGAUAAACCACUCAUGUAUGCCCAACUGCUAUGCAAGGAUAAUGAGUGUGGGCAACGAUGAAAGCAGGAUCGUACUCAUUACUAAGAUGAAUGUGCCCGCUGGGGAUGAAUUGACUUACGACUACUUGUUUGAUCCUGAUGAACCUGAAGAAUUCAAAGUGCCUUGCAUGUGUGGUGCUCCGACUUGUCGAAAGUUCAUGAACUAGGUGACACGAAAUAGCCAUUGUUUCCUCCAAGGGAACUCUAACUUGUUUGCCUUUGCAGAAGACCUCACCAUUAGUCUGCUAAUUUUGUAAAGUUAUCUUUCUUGGUUCAAAGAAAAAUGUAAUUUUUUUCCUCCUAUUUUGAGAUUUUACAAUUUAGAAGGUUACUAAUAACGGCCACUGCUCAAUAGAAGGUAGAGCUUUAGGCAUUUUUGUGUAAAUUACAGUAGUUUCAAAAAAAUUUAUGCCAUAAUUUGUGUUAUUCUUGGACAGUGGUUGUAAUAUUUCAUAAUGAAAAAGAAAUGUUUUUUUUC